AUGAUCAUUCGUAGAUUGCAGUCUAUCACUCUUCAUCACAGUCUAUCAUCAAAGUACGACAAUGUAGACAUCAAGCGCACGAGAUACCAACGAACAUUGACAUUGUACAAUGAACAUUUCGGCAAAGAACCAGACAACAACAUCAUUUGGGAUGCACAAUACUUGUCGGGUGGACAACAAGUUGGACGAGUCGAGAAGAAGUUGCAAUCAAAGAAGCAACGAGUCAAGAAAGUGGAGGAACCUGCAGUGCCUGCAGCUGAUCCAGCACCAGCUCCAGUACAAUCCUCAACCGAUCAAAUCACAUUUGCCUAUUGCCAACGUCAAGGUGUCAAGCCAACAAUCUGCUUUCAGUACGACGGUCAGCUCCUUCAACCAGAUCGAACACCCUUGGACUAUGACAUGGGCAACAAUGCGGAAAUCAUCGUACUGAAGGAAAUAGUAGGAUGUUGA